AAAAUUGAGUGUCAAGUAAGAUUUAUAUAAUUUUGCACUACACAAAAAUUAAAUAACUGAGUAUUUGCGGUAUUUGCUCAAAAUUCAUCACUCCAAUAAAAAAUAUUUUAAAAUUAUAAGUUUGCGAAGAAAUUUAAAUAUGAUUCAUUAUUACUAAUUAUCGAUUAUAUCAAAAUAUUUCCGUAUUGAAUCAUUUCAUUUUCUUAUGUUGCAUCGUCCAAAACGUAACAGCAAAAUUUCUCUCAACUUCUGCAGCGAUUUUCGUUUCAUUUUCCAUUUCUCUCGACUCUUCUCUCAAUUUCUUUCAUCCACACAUUCACGGUCACACCACAUAACAUCAUUUCUUUUCUUUCACUAUCUGUGGCAUCUCAUAAAGUAUUGUAAUUUCAAUUCCAUCAGCUUCAUUCCGUUCGUAACCGUCGAGGUGAACAGUUGAGAAGAAAUUUUAAGCUUCAUACAUAGACAUCGUGCGUGUCGCGUGUAUUUGAGUCAUUACAUACUUCUUCCCCAGUAUAGUUCCGUUCUUUAGAUUGCAUUAAAAUUGCAAAAAAAAUAUAUAAGUUUUCAUCAAGAAGUAAAUGAAGAAGAAAAACGUGUUUUAUUACUAGCCAUAUGUGUAUGGCACUUGACGAUACAUACACACUCAUUUCAUUGAUUAAAAGAGCUUGCAGAGGAAGAGAAUUAUUAAUCGAGGUGUAAUUGUUUUUAUAUUAAAUAAAAAAAAUUUCUGUGUCAAAUUCCAUUAAAUGUGGUUAAAUGUGAAUGAGGAAAGAAGAGAAGAAAAUUAUGAAUACAAAUUGAAUGAAUAUUGUUGAAAAUUAUUUUUAUAAAAGGAUGUGAAAAAAAAAUAGUCUCAAGAAAAAAAAUGAUAAAAUUGAUAAAAUCAUAAAGAAGCCACAAAAAUUGUGAACGGAUUUUUUUUUAAUUGAAAGAACAAAAGAGAAAAUUCAACCACACCAAUCUUCAUUCUUUUAAUAGAAUUCUUGCAAAAUAAGUUUCGCAAAUUAUCGGUUUUGCUGAAGUGAAUAAAAAAAACCACAAAUUGGAUUAAUUUUGUACAAUAAAUUUACACAAUUGUUUGUUGGAAAGAAAGCUAACUCAUCAAACAAUCAUUACAUUUAAGGCAAAAUGAAGUCAAUUAUAGUGUUUAAUGUACUGCUUGCGAUCGCCCACGCGCAACUUGACAUGACUAGUGACAAGAAAAUGGAAUAUGAAGAUAAUAUUGCCGAGGAGUCGCAAAGUAAUGAGCGAGUAUUUAAAGACGUUCUUGGAUCAAAGCCAAUUUUUAAUGAUGGAAAACCAUUUUAUGUUCAGCGAGAUCCAACGACAGGAACUUUUGAUUUUAAUUCAAAGAAAACUGUUGGUUUGUCAAAUGACAUUCCAAUCAGCCGAAAAGAUGAAAUUGUUGGUGGAUCAAUGAAAGGUCAUGACAUCAACAGUAUUGGACACACAUUUCAUGACUAUUUAAACAUACCUGUUAAAUAUUCAUCAUCGAAAUUUGUAUAUCCGUUAAUUUCAAGCUCCUAUGCUAAUUUCAAGUAUCAAGGAAGUAACAAAAAUCAUCAAUCAAAUCACAAAAACUACACAUCGACCUUAGGAACAACAACAAUGUCACCAAAAUACUUUACACACAUUAUAACCUCAAAAUCAUAUACAGAAUCCACAACCAAAGCACCAGCACCGACUAGAAGAAUUUAUACAAUUUCAACAACUGAAAAACCAAAACCUACAACAUCAACAACUAGACAAACUAGUACAACAACUAAAAAACCAGAAACAACCACAACAACGACAACAACAAAAGCACCAGAAACAACAUCCACAUCCACAAAAGCACCAGAAACGACAACCAGCACAACAAUACAAAAGACAUCACCGACAACAAUCUACACAACAGAAAGUUCGGAAGCGCCAUCAACUGUAAAAUAUAGUUCAACAAUCAUUCAAUCAAAUCAAUUUCCAUCUACAUUCAAAAAGUAUGUCGACUCGUCAGAAACUCGAAAGAAAUUCACAACAAGAGCACCAGAACCGUCACCAACAAUGCCAGCUAAUCCAGUGAAAUUUUUGGAUGAUUUAUUACAAACAAUUGAGCGCAAAGAACAAACAACGGCAACAACCUAUCGACCUCAAAUUGAUCGCUUGUCAUUUGCAACAUCAAUGCCAUUAAGGCCAAGUGCUUUUAAGCCAAUGCCCACGGACUCAUCACAAAAAGAUCAUUCACAGAAAGUGGUAUUUGAAAAAGGCGUAGAUCCUGCUGCCAUGACACUUUCGGAAAUUUUCAAUUCCAUAGCUGGAAAUGACAAUUUGUCAGAAGAGAAAAAUGAAAUCAUUUAUGAGCCAGCAGAUUCAAUAAAUAUUGAAGUCAAGAAGCCAUUGCCAUUAUCUCCGAUUUCUACACUUCAAACGACACCAACUCCAUCAAUAAAUCAGCAACAACAUAAGACAUUACAGCAACAAAUGAAGGAACCACAAAAUGGUAAACCAAAUCAAUUUGUAGAUUUUUCAAAUAAUAAAUAUGCUGGAAGUCCACCACAAUCUUCUUAUGCUCCACAACAUACACCACAAUUUGGUAGCUCACAUAUUGGAUUCCCAGACGAUACAUUCGAUGAUUAUGUCGAAUUUGAGAAUCCAGGUGAUCAGUAUGUACGAUAUGAAGUUCAGAAACCUAAUUUAAAUGUUGAUAAAUACAAUCAAAUGCCAAUUCCAAAUAUGAAUAAUGUUGUCAUUUCUCCUGGUCAAAAUUCAGCAUCAUUUGUGCUUGGAAGUCAGCAGAAUGUUGGAAGUAUCGGUAUUGGUUCAAGUUUGGGUGUUGGAACUCCAACCUUCCCAGAAAACAAAGGACCAGUUAAGAUGGGACAAGUCAUUAAUGACGAGCCACCAGUUCGUGCUGGAGUCAAUCCAAUUCAAGCAAGUAUUCGUUUCCCAAGUGACAUUGAUAGUAACUUUGACAAUGCACCAAUUAUUAAGGGAACAUUCAAGUAUGAAGGAAGUACAGAAGCUGUUCAGCCACCACAAGCUUUAUCUCAAAAUCAACCAAUGCAAUUUAAUUCACAUGCUCACAACAAUCAGAAGCCACUAAUCUUCCCAUCAAGUGAACAGAAUGUCAUGCAAGCUGAAUUGAGUGUUGGAAUUCCAGCACCAGCACAACAGCCAUCAAAUCCGUCACAAAUUAUUUUCGAAAAUGUUAAUGACAUUUAUGAGAAAGUUAAUGAGAAGAAGAAGGCUCCACCAAAAGAAAUCAAAUCGAAUGAAUUACCCCCUCCAAUGAGUUUAGUUCCACCUAAUCAACAUCAAUAUAAUCAAUUCAAUCGUCAGCCUCAAUAUGGACCACAAAAACGUAUUCAAAAACCAAAUAUUCUUCCACAAUUCAGACCAAAUUCGAGAGUUUCACAAGGACAUCCACAUUACAGACCUGAAAUUGGAUCUGUUCGUGUUCAACAUCCUCAAUUCAGACCAUUUCCACCACAACAAGCAAUUCCAAAAGUUGGACUUCCACCAAUGAAUCCAAAUAUGAGAAGAAAUCCUCAAAAUCAACAAGGACCCCCUCAAUACUUUAACCGUCCACGUCCUCAAAAUGUCCCACAAAAUAUUCCUCAAAAUAUGGAAGCAAAUCGUCGCGUCUUUAAUGUUCCACCUCCUCAACAAUUUCCAUAUGCUGAUCGUUACAUGAAACCCCCACCGAUGCAACAGCCACCAACUUACUACCUCAAUAGACCAAUCUCAGCAAAUCCACCAGAAACUAUGCAAAUGCAACAAAGACCAUCAAUUAUACCGUACCAAGAUGUUGAGCUACAUAAGUCAUUGCCACCAACUCCAGCUAUUCAGACUAUAAAUUCAUCAGUUAAUGUCAAUACUGAAGAUGGAAGUGGCAUACUUGAACCUGUCAUAACUUUACAAAUGUUACAGCAAAAGAAACCUGGAUCUGCUAAAUUAAACAUCCCAUCAGUUCCAAAUGAAAUCUCACAAGAUUUGUCAUACCAGCCUUCAUAUCAGCAAUCAUAUCAACAGCAACCACAAGCAAUAAUGCCUCAAGCACAGACUCUCCAAACAAUCCCUAAGAAUCACAAAGGAGAACCAAUUCCAUACAAAAAUGAUCCAUCCGUUUAUGUUGUGUAUCCAGUCACAUCCAAUAAUUCACCAUCAGCACAAACACAGCAACAUGUUGACCUUCCAAAUGAAGAACAUCAUGAAGAAAAAUCAGAUGAAUAUCCAAUCAAGCAUGAAUAUCAAAAUACACCAUUUGCUGUCGUGUCACAUUUCGAACAGGAGCCAUUACUUAUGAAAAAGGAUAGAAAGAGACCUGCAUUCCCAUAUCAAAUUGAGAAACCAAAUCCACCACACGUAACUGAACCACAAAUUCCAGUUAAAUUUAAUGUACAACAUGUUCAUCCAGUGUAUAACAUCGGUGAAGAACCACACAAUCCAAUUUCAAGUAAAUUAACGAGAGUAACUGAGAAGCCGAUAGCAAUCGCAUACACGCCAACAGAACCAAAUAGAGUUUCACCACCAAUGAGUUAUUAUCAGCAUAUUCAACCACAAAAUCUCUACAACUCGAAUAAGUUUUCACUUCCAAAUUACGCAGGUCCAGUCAUUAGUGAAAUAAUUGAUGAUUAUGAUUAUUAUCAUAAAAAUCCAGCACAUCUCAAUGGCGGUGAAGAGCUUAACGAUUAUCAUAGACCACAUUAUGAUUUUGAAGCACCAUUCCAUGCAAGUGUGAGUCUUACACCAGAAGUAACAAAUCCAUAUCAAGGAUGGUCAAUUGUGACAAAACCAACAGAAUCACCGAACAAAAUCGAUCGAUCAGAUCACAAUCUUGUCGACUCAAAUGAGGAAGUAUCAACAAAAAAAUUCGAUCCAAAUGAAUUCCAUCCAGUUCUCGAAAGCGGAUUUCAGCCAAUUUACUCAUCAAAUCGUGUCAGCACAGCACCCGAACUUGUUCGUGGCGAGUCACACGAACUUUCAUCAUCAUUAGCAUUAUCACAGCCAACAACAUCAAUUAAACCUCAAUCAACGACACAGUCAACGUUAUUGAUAUCAUCAUCAUCUAAUGAAAAUAAGAAGAGAUUUGAAAGUGUCAGCACAAGUGCCCCAAAAGUGGCAGUUACAACGACGUCAACGACUGCGAAACCAAUUGAAAUUAACAAAGCUCCACAAUCAAUGGCAAUUGACAGUUUGGAAGCAUUAUUUGAUUCAUUAACACGCGAUUAUGAUGAUGACGAGUCAAACAAAAGUGAGAACGAGAGCAGAAGUCUGUGAAUAUAUAAUUGAAUGCUUUAUGAUGAGCAUCAUGAUCAUGAUGAUAAAGAAAGAAAAAGUUUUUAUUUUUCUCUCAAUUUAUUCACAUCAUUUUCAUUUUACUUCUUUACUACUCUUUAUUUAUUUUUUUGUAGACAUAAACAUGUUUUUAUUGUUAUCGAAGAACUUUUUUUCUAAGCUCGAAACGAACGAGAAGGGAAAAAAAUUAUUUAUUUAUUUAUUCCUAAUUUAUUCAUUGUUUAAUGUGCUUGCUUUUGUGUUGAGACUUUGGAUGUGAUUUGUUCUUGGAGAUUCUUUAAUUGAAUUGUGUCAUGCAAUGUUGUGACUUUAUACAUAAGUUUAAGGUGUCUUUUUAUACAAAAUGGCUUAGUCUUGAAUUAGCGGAUCUAAACAAACAUUAAGAGAACAUUAGACAUGAUGAAUUAGUAUAUUUACAGACGUAGUGUCAACUAAUCACAAGUUUUAAAGGACGUCCUAGAAAAAAUGUCAUUAAUGGAGCCUAGUUCUUUUCUAGUAGCCAGAAAAUUAAAAACAUAGUUUUAAGCAAGCUUAUAGCUAGGCUGUAUUCAUAUGAACUAGCUUCAAGCUUGCUUAGUAAUAAAUUUCAAUGAUUUUUUAGUUUUUAAAACUAGUUCCACUCAUGUUUACCUUAUGUUCCUUUAUUUGUACAUGUUGAUUUCGGGAAUGGUUGGUUGUAAACCUCACCAUCCCUAGCCUGAAUGUGGGGCUGCCACCUCACAAGCGAGGUUGUGAAAAACUUUUAAUCUAUUCUUUAAAGUACUUAUUCUGGCACAGGACUCGGUCGACAGCGGUGCAUUCAAAUCCCUUGAGCUAGUUAUUACCUAUUAUAUAGUGUUGAAAAACUAGUAGCUAUGAGUAGGUACUAUUAGUAUUAAAAAGCUAGCAGCUAUAAAAACUAGGAGCUUGAAGCUAGCUUCUUUAACUGAUAGCAAAUGUUAGACAACUAUCUUUAGAGAAGAAGAAAAAAGAAUCUUCAAUCUUGCAGAAUUUUAAACUUACUCAAGAGUUUGUUUGAUUUCUUGCAAGUUUAGCAUUAACAUAUUCACAAUUGCGUUAAAUAUAAGAUCAGUAGAUCUUCUAUCGCCAGGUCAUCAACAUAUAUAAAAACCAUCAUCAUAAAAGUUUAAUGAUUUAUUAACAAGCCAUUGACGUGUCUUUAAGCUAGACAAUAAAAAUUCACAAACAAUGAAGAAAUCCCAAGAAAAAAGCACAAUCAAAAUCUUCACACUCAGGCACACACCUCUCCUAUACUUACGCGAAAAAAAAAAACAAAUAAGCGAUUCACAACUAAUAAUUUUAUCUACAAUUGAGUAUCUGAUGAAAGUGCAUAAAUCAGCAUGCAAAAUUCUAAUUUAAUUUAAAAAAUUCUUAUCAAAUAUGCGUGCAUGCAUAUUUUAUAAAUUGUAUGAAAAAUUUCCUUUCCUACUGUCUUUAUUUCCAAUAUUUGCAUUAGACACUCUCAUCAGAUACUUGAUAAAAUAAUAAGAAUAAGAAGAAAAAAAUUGAUUCCGCAUAAUUUUAAAAUUAAUAAUUUAUUUUGCAUUCUUAAAUUGAUUUAAAAUUAAUAAUAAUGAAUAAUUGAUGAGAAAGAGAAUUUUCUUCACUUUCAUUUAAUUUGCAUUUGUGCUGAAUUUUCAGCUAUUUUUUCUACUCAUUUCACUUUCAUUUACAUUUCUUGUUUGUGAAAUUGGAUGAAAAUAAUUUCAAUAUUUGAACACUUUUAAGACUUAAAUCUUAUGUAACUGAAGUUAAUUUGAUUAAUUGAGAAAUGUUUUAAUUAAUUGUAGACAAUUUUGAAACAUAAAAAUUGAUUUAAUCUACCUUCUGGCUUUAAAUAAGCUGAAUUUGAUAAUGUAAUAAUAUUUAGUAGAUUUAAGAUGAAGGAAUAACUUAUGAGAUAAAAACGAACGAGA